AUGACGUCGAAACUUCUUCUCUUUGCGGCUUUUGUCUGCUUAAUUUCAAUUCAAUUGGGUCUCAUCGAAGCAAAGAUUUGCUAUCAAUGUGAUGACAAAAACCCAUCGAAAUGGUGGAAAUUUUGGGGAGAAAAAAUCACCAAAUGUAAUGGUGUUCCAUUUCAAAAAUAUGCUUCAAAAACAUCAAAAGCCUUCGGUGCUGAUGUUUUAACAUGUUAUACCAAAUUUGACGAAGCUGGCAACGUUAUUAAACGAGGUGCUUAUGGAUUCGGUGAAACUUUUGACAAAAACUUCAAAUGUCAAGAUCGAUUUCAUAUCUGCUGCAAAGGACCAUUCUGCAAUAAACAUGUAAAAGCACCAUGUCCACCACUCCCAAAUGCAACACAAAAGAAGGAAGUCAAAGCAUGUUAUGAAUGUAACGGUGCUGAAGCUUGCCGACCACAAAGACUCGGAAGCGCUGAAGUUCGUACCUCCAGCAUUUUUGGUGCCAGCAACUUAUAUUGCUACACAAAAUUUGAUCCCAAAACUGGUGUUGCUAUUGCUCGUGGUGGCUUCGGUUUUGGUGAAGCUAUUGAUAAGAAUCUUAAAUGUGAUUCAAAACACUACCUCUGCUGCUACGAAAACAUGUGCAACACCCAUACAACUGGUCUUUGUGAUAAACAUCAUUACGAAGAUUAA